AUGUCGAUCAGAAGAAUCCCAAACCUCAUCCUCAGCCAUCCUCACCCUCUCCGAACCACACUCCGAGCCACUCGAUAUCCGAAUGGCCAUCCUCGGCUCAGUUUAACCCAAUCCAUCUCAUCCUCAACACGCUCUUCUGAAUCUCAGCCCGGUCCAUCGUCCUCAAACAACGCCGACAAACCUAGGAACCAUCGACGUGCCUCGUCCAAGAACCAGCCACCCAAGAAACAACAAGAGCAGGAAGAAGACCAAAGCCCAUUCUCAGCUUUCAUCAACAUCUCCAAGUUGUUCGGCCAGCCUGCAAAACCCAACUCGGCCGAAAAUCCUAAAUUCAACAACGAUCCUGAUCAUGGAAAAGGAAAUAAAACAGGCAAAGGCUCUUCACCCGCUUCGGGAUCAGAACCACAACAAUCACCCGGGCCAGCGAACGCACUAGUCUUCUGGGCCUUGGGAGCUUAUGCACUCUAUCACAUUCUCGCCGGAGAUAGUCUGAGUAACCGAGAGAUCUCAUGGCAAGAAUUUCGAACGGGCGUCCUGGACAAAGGAUUAGUCGAAAAAUUAGAAGUCAUCAAUCGCUCGAAAGUCAAGGUUUACCUCCAUCCAAACGCAUUUAAACUGACCGGAGUCAGUCCGAACGGAUCAUCAUCGAGCCCGCCUGGUACGAUAGCAUCGCCCUCAGCCGGUGCUUCUUACUUUUUCAGUAUCGGUAGCGUGGAAGCCUUUGAGAGGAAGCUAGACAAAGCACAGGACGAACUGGGCAUCCCAAGCCACGAAAGAGUGCCCGUUAGCUACCACGAACAGGCCUCUCUGAUGAACCUCUUCUGGAACUUUGCACCCACCCUCACCCUCGCCGGGUUACUAUUCUACGUCAGCCGGAGGGCCACCGGGAUGGGUGGCGCCGGCGGUGGCGCUGGCGGCCCCGGUGGGAUCUUUAACAUCGGUAAAAGUAAAGCCAAGAUGUUCAAUCAUGAAUCUGAAGUCAAGACUAAGUUCAAAGACGUGGCUGGAAUGGAUGAGGCAAAGGAAGAAAUCAUGGAAUUCGUUAAAUUCCUCAAGGAACCCGAAAAAUACGAACGAUUGGGUGCCAAAAUUCCCAAGGGUGCGAUGAUAUCAGGGCCACCAGGAACAGGGAAAACGUUACUUGCCAAGGCGACUGCUGGUGAAGCCGGUGUACCAUUCCUUUCGGUAUCUGGCUCUGAGUUUGUAGAGAUGUUUGUGGGAGUGGGGCCGUCACGAGUACGAGAUCUUUUUGCGACGGCGAAGAAGAACGCACCAUGUAUAGUAUUUGUAGAUGAGAUCGAUGCGAUCGGCAAAGCACGAGGUAAAUCAGGAGCGAUGGGAGGGAACGACGAAAGGGAAUCCACCUUGAAUCAGCUCUUGGUCGAAAUGGACGGCUUUGAUACCUCUCAGCAUGUCGUCGUUUUGGCUGGAACGAACCGGGCAGAUGUCCUCGACAAGGCGCUCCUCAGGCCCGGCCGAUUCGACCGACACAUCGCCGUCGAUCGACCUGACGUCUCGGGUAGACGACAGAUCUUCUUGGUUCAUCUUAGGCCUCUGGUCCUCGAAGGCGCCAUCAAAACUAAGGAGGACCUCAAACGCCCCGCCUCCAAUCCACUCCCUGAAGAAGAGGAUGAAAGCAUUGAUCUCGAAGAUCCUGACUCCGUCGAGAAAGUCAUCCCCGAUUGGCUCGUCAAACUGUCUCACAAGCUGGCCGCUCAUACUCCUGGGUUCAGCGGUGCCGACAUUGCUAACGUUUGUAAUGAGGCUGCACUGAUUGCUGCUAGGCUGAGUGCUGAAUAUGUGACCGAAAAACAUUUCGACAUGGCGAUCGAGAGAGUGGUUGCAGGAUUAGAGAGAAGGUCGAGGGUUUUAUCUCCAGAAGAGAAGAAAACGGUUGCCUAUCAUGAAGCUGGGCACGCGAUCAUGGGAUGGUUCUUGGAACAUGCCGAUCCGUUACUCAAAGUCUCGAUCAUUCCAAGAGGGGUCGGAGCUCUUGGUUAUGCUUCUUACUUACCUCAAGAAAGGUUUCUGUAUACUACCGAACAGUUGAUCGAUCGGAUGUGUAUGACUUUCGGUGGUCGAGUUGCUGAGGAACUCUUCUUUGGCAAGAUCACUACAGGAGCCCAAGAUGAUCUACAAAAGAUCACCAAACUAGCGUUUGAAUUGGUUGGAAACUACGGUAUGUCGCGAGAUUUCGGACCGAUCAGCUUUGGUAGAUCGGAUUCGCAACAAGAGUCCUUCCAGAAACCGUACUCGGAGAAGACAGGCGAACACCUAGACUCGACGGUCCGAGCAUUGAUCAAUCAAGCCCAUAAAAGGACGACUGAGCUGUUGACAGAGAAGAAAGAGUUGGUCGACAAAGUUGCCCAACGAUUAUUGGAGCGUGAAGUUCUCUCGAGACAAGACAUGAUUGAUUUGAUUGGACGACGGCCGUUCGACCGGCCCGACGCAUACGAUGACGCGAUGGGAUCGAGCGGCAAGCCCGGCCCGCCGCCCGCGCCCGGCUCGCCAAGCGGAGGCCAAAGCCGUCCGGUGCCUAAGCCUGCAACCGAUGGCCCUAAUCCCUUGGGCGAAGGAAUCGAGGGCGGCGGGGGCGUCCCCCUCCCUUCUCCCGCACUCUCUUCUUCUUUCUCAUCUACAACCCCUCGUCCUUGA